GUACGCUAUUCCUGCUGGAAGUUUCGCCUUUCUAAGCUUGCAAAGUUGGACGCUGCUAACGUCAGGAAAGGCCUCAGACAGCCGACACUGACUCAGAUCCCAGCGAAAACUCAUUCGGGCAGGGAGGCAAGCUGGUAGAAACAAGCAUCGUUCGCGCACAAGCGCCUGAAGGGAGAUUACGGUUGGUUCAUUGCAGCCGAUCGACAGAACUAUACAUAUGCAUGUGAGAGAAACGAAGACACACGACAACAACCCCCUCAUAGACAGACAGACGCUCACUUAAUGGCCUCCUUCCCCUCCCACCAUACAGACCACACACCAUCAACAAUCCCUUACAGCACACCGACACCAUGAGUGGCCAAUCACACAGACAGCACAUUUCCUCCUUCCCUCAAAACCAAAGCGCACAGUCAGCCAGGCAAUGAGUGAAGAGCCCCCGGCCACACACAUCAAUGUGUGACACACACAGCCGCCCCCACUCAUUUGUGUGUGUGUGCACUCUCUCCUACUCUAUGCUGAUCAAACGCAGCUGAACGUAGGGGGGAUCAUACAAGUCGGGCACUUUGAUCUGCCUCACCUCCCCCUCUCUCAUCGACAUCAAUGCUUCACGCUCCCACUCAUUCAGAUCAGACACACUGAACACCGCCCCAAGGAAAUCGAGUGCUGUGUCCUGGCCCACGAAUGCAUCACACCACACAACCCAGUCGAUUUUGACGGUGUCGUUGAGUGUGGGCGUCCUGCCGGUGCCCUCCUGCACCACUCGAUGGCGGGCACCGGAUGGGUAGCGAAUGAACGUGGCGUCGCUGCUGCUGGCUGCUGACGACGAGCCCUCCUCCUGCUGACAGUGUGGCGCCGUCGCCAUUGGUCACACCCACACUGGCAACGAGAAAACAUACUUUCACGAUUCAGCCAUUUGUGUGUGUUGGCCCCAUCCUGCUUGUGGUGAGGCCUACGUGAGCUGUCUGAGGUCGUCUUUGAUGUCGGCCGCCAGUCUGAUGUCGCCGUAGUGCUCCGGACGGAUGGCCAUCUGCUGCCCUUUGGCCGGGCGGCAGAAGCGCCACAACCACCCGGUGUUGCGGCCCCAAAAGAGACCAACCAGCCGAUCACUCACUGCGACAAGAGGCUGCUGAUGAUGUGACUGCAUACACACCCAGAGGACAGAGCGUGAGGGAGGACAGAGAGAUCCCAUCACUGCAUCGAUGACUUUGUCUGUUCUACAUGUCAUCCGUCGUUUCCCUGUGACCUCCUUUGAGGCGCUUGUUUACGUCAGCUUGCCUCCUUGCCUGAGCAUCGACAGCACACGAGCAGACACACAAAGAAUGGAUUUUCUGCCGAGCUCUGGGCCAGUGUCGGCUGUCUGAGGCCUUUCCUGACCCACGGGAUCCGAAAAUGAUGGAGGAGAGGGAGGAAGCUUCGCUGGG